UAUUUUUAAACGUUUUUCUUUUGCUAAUAUAAUUUCAUUUUUUAAUUUCCUGCUAACGUUGUUCGAUAAUCUUUUGACCUGAAAUAUACACUUGAUAUCUAAAAAAAGAAUCAAUUUUUUACAUGGAGCCAUUGUGAUACACGUACCUGCCAGAGGUAGAAUUAAAUUGUGCUGGUCAUUCCGAGAAUUUAGAUAGAUUGGUUAAUAUUCAUUUCUUAAUUAUUUUUACUUCAGUAUUUAUAAAAUUUUAUUUAAUCGCCAGAAAUAGUGGCAUUGUGUUCCAAAAUUCAUUAACAUCGAAUUCUAAGACAGAAUGCAGCAAUCGAUGCUCCUUUGCAAUGGAGUGCAAACUCACAUUGUAACUGAAGGUCGUUGGGUAGAAGAAGGAUUAGCUCCUGAUGGUAGAAAGGAUAUCGUCAUAGUAAUUCCAGGCAAUCCUGGAGUUCCAGCAUUUUACGAAGGAUUUAUCAAAUCUCUCAAGACAAAACUACCUACAGAGACCCCAGUGUGGAUCGUAGGACAUGCAGGUCAUGUUCUGCCACCUAAACAUUUACAAAUUUCCAUACCUGAUACUUCUACAGGAAAGCAUUUUUAUGACCUUAAAGGUCAACUUGAGCAUAAGGCACAAUUCAUAAAGCAAUACGUUCCUCCAGAUGCCAGGAUACACCUUGUAGGACAUUCCAUUGGUAGCUGGUUUACGCUGAAUUUACUCAAGGAUGAUACGAUUGCCUCUAAAGUUGUCCGAUGCUAUCUCCUGUUUCCCACAGUUGAAAGAAUGGUUGAAAGUACUAAUGGGAAGUUCUACACUGGUUUCGUAACAAGAGUAGCUCCACUUUUAAUAUUUUUGGCUUGGAUGUUUACCUUCUUCCCACUAAUUCUUCGUGUAUUUCUGAUUCGCGCUUUUGGUACUUUUUAUGGCAUUCCAUCAAGGAGUACCAAAGCAGUCUUACAACUAGUGAAUCCCGUAGUCCUACGUAAUGUAUUUAUGUUAGCCAAUGACGAGAUGCGUUAUGUUAAUGAAUUGGAUCAUGAUGUGGUUUCAAACCAUGCAGAUAAAUUGUGGUUUUAUUAUGGCUCUAAAGAUCAAUGGACUCCUAUUAAAUAUUAUGAGGAAUUAAGAGAAAAACACCCAAAUGUACAGGCAAUAUUGUGUAAGCGCGGUUUCUAUCAUUCGUUUGUAUUAAGCAGUGACAAAGAAAUGGGCGAAAUGGUGGGGGAAUUAAUUAAUACAACGAUGUUAUAGACGAGAAUUAUAUCAUAGGAGAACAAUUGUAAAAUCAAUUAAUAGCAAUAUAACUCAUACUCUAUCCGUCAAUCGAUAAUUAAAGUCCAUCUUAUGGACUCUUUGAUGGAUUUUUAGUGCAUUUAUUAAUAAUUCUAGUUCCAGUUUUCAAAUACUCGUUUAAACUAACUAAGUAAAAUUUAACGUGCUCCACGCACUAAUAUAAUAUUGCUUAGUUAACUAAUAAAAAUAAUAUAACAAAAUAUUACACUAUAGCUACUAAAGAUUUGCAAAGUAUACAUAUAUCCAUUCUACAUACGGAGGAUUUACAUACAUAUGUAUAUUUUAUAGAUACGCCAUGAAAAAGAAAAAAAGAAAGAGCACGACUAGCGCAAUACAUGACUAGUCACUAAUUUCUUUUGUGAUUCAUAAAACUAUUCCUCUAUAAAUAAAGAAAAUGCACUUCAAUAA